AUGAAAAAAACCGUCAUUGUUUCAUCACCAGGUAAAUUAAUUAUUGGUGGUGAACAUGCUGUUGUUUAUGGUCGUCGAGCUUUGGUUACUAGUAUUGGUAUGCGUUUAUAUAUGGAAUUAACAGAAGAAGAAAUAGAAAAUAAUGAAACUAAUAAAAGUUUAUUAAAAAUAUUAUUUCAUGAUACAAAUCAACAUUAUUCAAUUGAUUUAUUAGAUAUACAUGAUUCAUAUCCAAUUGAAAUUCAAGCUAUACUUUAUGUUUAUAAUCGUUUUAAAUCUUUCAUAUCUAAUCAAAGUCAUUUAAAUAUACAAGUACGUUCGGAAAUUCCUAUUGGUGCUGGACUUGGUUCAAGUGCAGCAUUUAGUGUUUGUCUUGUUGGUUGUUUUUAUUUACUUUAUUAUAAAACAUUUAAUCAAGAAGAUAUUAAUCAAUUAUCAUAUAAAGUUGAAUGUAUUUUUCAUGGUACACCAUCUGGUAUUGAUAAUACAAUAAGUACAUAUGGACAAUCACUUGUUUAUAGUCGAACAUUAAAAAAACAUAUUAAUUUUCAUUUAUCAAAUUUAGCUAUUAUUGAUACAGGUAUACCAAAAUCAACAAAAAAAAUGGUUGAUUUAGUACGUUUAUUUAUUGAAAAUAAUCAAAAAGAUGGAGAAAAAUGUUUAAAUGAUAUUGAAUUAUGUGUUGAUAAAAUGAUUGAAUAUCCUGAACAAAUAAAUCAAUUAUUUCAACAAAAUCAACAAUUACUUAAAUGUUUAGGUGUAUCAACAAUAGAAAUUGAUAAUAUUAUACAAAUAUUAGCAGAUAAAAAUAUUUCAGCAAAAAUUACUGGUGCUGGCGGUGGAGGUUGUCUUAUUGCAUUAACAUCUAAUUUUACAAAAGAUCAAAUUUUAGAUUUAUUAAAAGAUAAUCAUAUUAAAUCAAUUUAUUUUGUUGAAUGUGGUGUUGAAGGUUUACGAGAAGAACAAAUAUUUUAA